UACCGUGGCACCAAGCAAACUGAUCGUGAAACGUGCUCUGAAUUGUUCAUACAAGUUCAUGCCGAACUCCUUUUUUCCUUCCUCUUCUUGUCCUUUUUCUUCUACGUCCUCUUCCUCUAUCUCUUCCUUUUCCUCUUUCUCUUCCUCUUCUAUUCUUUAAACUACUCUAUUCUCUUUUGGUGUUUUGAGCAAUUUUCAAAGUCUCUAAACCUUCUUCGAAAUUCUUCGAAAUGUUCAUACGAUCUUUCCCAAAACAUUAGUUUUUCUUUUGUUCAUCGUUCCAAAAAAUCAUCGUGUCAGAAUUUCCAAAUCGCACAAAAUGAACAUCGUUCUGAUACUCUCAAUAAUUCUCAUCAUAUCUCGCGAGUGUAGUUUCCUAGUCGAUGGAUUUCGCAUUCUAGGCAUCUGUCCGAGUACGAGUUAUAGUCAUCAACAACCAUUCCAAGCACUGAUGAAGGCAUUGGCAACUCGUGGUCACAACGUUACAGUCAUUUCAACGAUACCAUUAAAGAAGAGUCUUCAAAAUUACGAGGACGUUGAUCUCUCGUUCACAUAUCGCAAAAAUGAUUGCACUGGACUUAGACAUAUGGAUGCUUACGAGAUUUUAACGAAAAAUAUGAAGGAAGCUAACGAUCUUUGUGCUGAGCAACUUUUCAGCGAACAAAUCAUGGAAUUAUUAAAAAAAAACAAAACUUUCGAUGCAAUCAUAAUUGAACAAUUGUGGUAUCAUUGCUAUUACUCUCUGGUUAAACACUAUAAUUAUCCGGUAUUAAUUGGAUUUCUAAGUGUUGGAAAUCUUCCAUACGUCAUGGAUUCAAUUGGAAAUCCGGACGAUCCAAUGUUGAAUCCCGAUAUGGCUUACCCCUUCACAAAUCGAAUGAGCAUGGAAGAGAGAAUUUGGAACAUAUUAUACACGAGCUGGACCAGGAUCUAUUAUAGAUACUACCAUUUGCCAAAAGCACAACGAAUAGCCAACAAGUUCGUACCGGAAACGCCGCUUUACGACAUAGAUAGAAAUUUCAGCUUGAUUAUAUUAGGCAAUAAUCACGUUCUUGGUUAUCCAAAACCUUUAUUACCGAAUGUGAUUGAAGUCCAUAGUCUACAAAUUACGGAACAAACUGAAUCUUUACCUAAGGACAUUCGUGAAUUCCUGGAUGAUGCCGUAAACGGAGCCAUUUAUUUUUCUCUCGGUUCGAAUCUGCAAACUCACCAGCUACCCAGUGACCCUUUGACGGCAUUGUGCAACGCCUUGGGCUCGCUCAAGCAAAGAGUUCUAUGGAAACAUGCCGGAGACAUGGCUAUUCAGUCGAGCAACAUCAAAUUUGUGAAGUGGGUUCCACAGCAAGCGGUUCUUGCACAUCCAAAAGUGAUGGCGUACAUGAUGCAAGGUGGUCUGCAGUCAUUACAAGAAGCUGUACAUUAUUCUGUGCCUCUGGUAGUCAUUCCUUUCUUCGGAGAUCAACAUUUCAACGCAAAAAAAGUACUUGAUGCUGGAAUCGGACUUACGUUGAACAUUGACACAAUGACGGAAGAAUUAAUCGUACGAACUAUCACAGAAGUCGUGGAGAAUAAAACAUACUCGCACAAUAUCAAACUGAUAUCGGCCAUUUUAAAGGAUGAACUAGUACGUCCAAUGGAGAGAGCAAUUUGGAAUAUUGAACACGUUCUAAAGUUUCCUAAUUCUAAACACUUGCGCUAUCACGCUCGGGAUAUGUCAUGGAUCGAUUAUUAUUCGACAAUACUGCUGAUCCUUUUGAUUCUCACGAUUUUAAUAUUCAUCUGUUGUGCAUGCGUUGUUGUUGUACGAAAAACUGCACAAAGUUGUUUAUAUUCCCACAUGAAACGAUGUAAAUCCAAGAAAAACUAAUGCUGAUUUAAGAAAUUUAUUUUUGUAAUCAAAUAUGAAACAAUAAAAAAUGAUCAAUAUUAAUUUAA